AGCGUACAUGAUUUCAAAGUUGCCCCUUCACGUGGUCAUCUCAUCUUUUCUUUCUUCAUCCAUCACUGUCCAUCCUUGAAUGAAACAGUUUCACUAGUAAAGAAUAAUUAGAAAGUCAAGUUUGAUCGAAUUUUUUUUAAUAUAUUAAGAAGACAGAAUAACAAACUAAAUGCUCAGCAUUAAAUAAAAAUAAAACACAAUCUCGGAAUUAAUGUUUGAAUAAGUUAUUUAUAAUUAAAUUAUUUUUAUCAUAGAACCCAAACUCGACGAAGGCCCGAAAUCAAGUCUUUUUACUGUUUUUCCCCAGUUCGCCCAUGCCGUAGAUGGCGCUCUCCCUUCUUUGAUAUAAAGGACAAUGCGCAUCAAGAUAACCACCCAGGAUUUUCCAACGUUAGAAUCUCAGCAAUUUUAGAUGUUUCUUUCUUUCUGCCUUGAGCCUCACCUCUUGUGAUAUGCAGCAUUCUAGACUUUCCAGUAAAAAAGAAAGACGAGAAUUCUGCGCAAUCCGAGGAGCUAGCGACACUUAGGCCAAAAGACACCAACAAACAAAUCCAGCACCGCUUCCACGUUUUCUUAAUAAAAUGGUUACAUCGGAACUCUCUAAUCACCAAAACAACAACUCUCCCAUGAUGGCGAAGCCCCACAGAAACAAAACCUCCUCUGUAUUUCUCUCCGAUGGAUCUCUCUUCCUCGGAGGAGCAUUCUCCGCUCUCAUCCUCGUCUGGGGUUUCUCCUCCUUCACCACCACCAUCCCUAAGGAAACCCCCAAUUUCGAAUCUCUUACCAAAAACGACGCUGUUCCGCACCACGGUACUCCCGAUUUCAACUUCGACCCCCCCGACAGAACAUUCUACGACGACCCGCAAAUGGGUUACACCAUGGACAAGAAAGUUCGCAACUGGGACGAGAAGCGCGAGGAGUGGCUGAAGCUCCACCCUUCCUUCGCCGCCGGAGCUAGAGAGAGGGUUUUCAUGGUGACCGGUUCUCAGCCAAAGCCGUGCCGGAACCCCAUAGGAGACCACCUCCUCCUGCGGUUCUUCAAGAACAAGGUGGACUACUGUCGUCUCCACGGGUGCGACGUUUUCUACAACAACGCACUGUUGGACCCAAAGAUGUUUGCGUAUUGGGCCAAGUACCCUGUGGUGCGGGCCGCGAUGGUGGCCCACCCGGAGGCGGAGUGGAUCUGGUGGGUUGACUCGGACGCGUUGUUCACCGACAUGGAGUUCAAGCUCCCCCUUGAGCGUUACAGGGAGCACAAUCUCGUGGUUCACGGCUGGGCCCACCUCAUACACGAGAAGCGAAGCUGGACGGGACUCAACGCCGGCGUCUUCCUCAUCAGAAACUGCCAGUGGUCGUUGGACUUCAUGGAGGCGUGGGCCAGCAUGGGCCCACAGACCCCCAAUUACGAAAAGUGGGGCCAGACGCUGCGGUCAACUUUCAAGGACAAGUUCUUCCCGGAGUCAGACGAUCAGACGGGCCUGGCUUACUUAAUCGCCAUAGAAAAAGAUAAAUGGGCGGACAGGAUUUACUUGGAGAGCGAGUACUACUUCGAAGGGUACUGGGAAGAGAUCUUAGGAACGUUCCAGAACAUUACCGAGAAAUAUAAUGAGAUGGAAAAAGGGGUGAGUAGGUUAAGGAGGCGUCACGCGGAGAAGGUGAGUGAGACUUACGGUGAGAUGAGGGAAGAGUAUUUGAAGGAUGCUGGGAAUGGAAAAGGGAGUUGGAGGAGACCAUUCAUAACUCACUUCACAGGGUGUCAACCCUGUAGUGGAAAGUAUAAUGCCAUGUAUUCCGCUGAUGAUUGCUGGAACGGAAUGCAGAAGGCUUUGAAUUUUGCCGACAAUCAAGUCAUGCGUAAAUUUGGUUACAUGCGCCCGGAUCUACUGGAUAACGCCAUUUCCCCUGUCCCUUUUGAUUAUCCCCGUUCACUUCGUCAUUGAUCAUCAGUGUGAAGGACCCGCUGAGCUUGGAUAGAUUUUACUGCGGCCCACUAUUUAAGAUGGAUAGAUGAACCAUGUGCAUGCGUACAGAACUUUCAUGGACCUGUAUUAUCGUCGGGGUUGUGGGGUCAUGCUCACAUAGUAGCAUAUCCAACCAUGUUAAUACACUACUUGCUACAGUAAAAAGAUACCCUGCGGCCAUUCUAGUUACAUCUACCCUUUGUUUUUUUCCCUCCCUUUUCCUCUCAUGGCUUGAAAUCUUACAUAUAUAGAAGCAUAACAAAAUAGCAGUGCUAAGGUUUAUGACGUUGUUAUGACCAAUGUUCUAGUGUACCCAACAUCAAGAUGGCCCAAUAAACUUGUAGACAUGUGAGUUGUGACGUGCAUUUUCACAUGAGUAUUACUUGGUUUAAUUACGAAAGUGGGUUGAUUUUUAAAUUUUUUA